CCCGGGUUUUGGAGUGGCUGCCGCCGCGGCCUUCCUUCCGGCUGCCUCAUGGCUUUCAACUUCGGGGCAGCUGCCGGCGCUGCAGCCGCCCCGAACCCUGCUGGAGCCUUUGGAGGGUUUGGAACGGCAACCACCACAGCCGGACCUACGUUUAGUUUCUCCACUCCUGCAAACACAAGUACCCCUGGGCUAUUCGGUGCCACUCAGAACAAAGGCUUUGGAUUUGGCGGCGGCUUCGGGACAGCAGCAGGCACCGGUACCGGUCUCGGGACUGGGUUGGGAACUGGGUUGGGAUUCGGAGGCUUCAGCACCCAGCAGCAGCAGCAGCAAACACUAGGCGGCCUCUUCAGUCAGCCUGCUCAAGCCCCUGCCCAGUCUAACCAGCUGAUAAACACAGCGAGUGCCCUGUCUGCACCUACACUCCUGGGAGAUGAGCGGGAUGCUAUUUUGGCCAAGUGGAACCAGCUGCAGGCGUUUUGGGGCACAGGCAAAGGAUACUUCAGCAGCAGCAGUGCCCCCGUGGAGUUCACCCAGGAAAACCCGUUCUGCAGAUUUAAGGCUGUGGGCUACAGCUGCAUGCCCAACAACAAGGACGAAGAUGGUUUGGUAGCCUUGGUCUUUAAUAAAAAGGAAGCAGAGAUCCGAAGCCAGCAGCAGCAGCUUGUGGAAUCGUUGCACAAACUCCUGGGCUCCAACCAGACUCUUACUGUCAACGUUGAAGGUGUAAAGACAAUGCCCGAUGACCAGACUGAGGUCGUCAUCUAUGUGGUUGAGCGGUCACCAAAUGGGACCUCGAGGCGAGUCCCGGCCACCACCCUGUAUGCACACUUUGAACAAGCAAACAUCAAGACCCAGUUCCAGCAGCUGGGUGUUACCCUCAUCAUGGCCAGAACAGAACUCUCCCCGGCCCAAAUCAAGCAGCUGCUGCAGAAUCCUCCUGCAGGUGUUGAUCCUAUCAUUUGGGAACAGGCCAAAGUGGAUAACCCAGAUCCUGAAAAGUUGAUUCCAGUGCCGAUGGUUGGCUUCAGAGAACUGUUGAGAAGGUUGAAGGUCCAAGACCAGAUGACAAAACAACAUCAAACCAGAUUAGAUAUAAUAUCAGAAGACAUCAGUGAGCUGCAGAAAAACCAGACGACAACGAUGGCCAAAAUAGCCCAAUACAAGAGGAAGCUGAUGGACCUUUCACACAGAACGUUGCAGGUAUUAAUCAAGCAAGAGAUCCAAAGGAAAAGCGGCUAUGCCAUCCAAGCAGACGAGGAGCAGCUCCGCGUGCAGUUGGAUACAAUUCAGUGUGAACUCAACGCACCUACGCAGUUCAAGGGUCGACUGAACGAGCUUAUGUCCCAGAUCAGAAUGCAGAACCACUUUGGAGCGGUGAGAUCCGAAGAGAGGUACUACGUUGAUGCAGACCUCUUGCGGGAAAUCAAACAACAUUUGAAGCAGCAACAAGAAGGUCUGAGUCACCUGAUCAGCAUCAUAAAAGAUGACCUGGAAGAUAUAAAGCUGAUAGAACAUGGAUUAAAUGAAAGCAUCCCUAUCAGAGGAGGGGUCUUCAGUUGAUGGAUCAUUUGCUGUCUCCAGAGGUCUACCAUUUGUUGUCCAUGCUUAAAACUCACUGGGUGUUUUGUCAAUAAAGUUAAGGGGAAAGUUCUGAGAGAGAUCCAGUACUACUGGUAUUCCCCCAAGUUUUUCAGCUUCAAUCUUCACAAGAUUUUAGGUUUAUAAAGCUGAUUUUAAGGGGUGGGAGAGAUUUAGAAACAGCUUCUGUAAUCUGGGCUUGCGUUUCUACAGCAUCAGUUGUGUUAAAAAAAAACCUUCCAGUGUUAACGGUCUUGAUAGGAAACAUUUUCUCCCCCCCCCCCCACUACAAAUACUGCACAGAAGAACUGUGCCGUGUUAAUGCCGCCCCCCUCGGUCUAGAUAAGCUGCCUAAACUAGAGAUCCUGGAGGGUGUGGAACUGGCUGUGUGCCGAGAUUCUCCAUGGCUAUUUGUGGAUCUGAAGCUCUGGUGUCAGUCCAAUUUUGUGUUUUUGAUUAUCAGGACCCGAAGGCUAUAUUUUUAUAUCUCUUUACUUGAUCACAAUUGGCAAUUCUUCCUUCUAGAAUGUAAUAAAAACAGAUAUAUACAUCA